AUGGAAGGCCCAGCCGCGGAGUCAGCAACUGCUCGUGAAAAGCUUUCUUUCGAAAGGAGGCUCUCCCUGAGCAGGGAGGCGAAGGAACGUGGGAACGCGCUCGUCCACGAAAAGAGUUACAACGAAGCAAAGCGUGCCUACGACGAAGCGUUCGUAUACAUGUUCUACUCCCAAGAAGAAUACGAGUACGAGUUGACUCAAACAGAAAAGGAAAUUUACCAAGACUUUCUGCUAACGCUGCACCUAAACCGUGGGUUGUGCAAGCUGAAGUUGCGAGACUUCGACGGCGCCAAGUGGGACUUCGACGAGGCCCAGCGCUAUGCGAAAGCGCGCUGCGUCCACGGCGGUGUGGGUCACCCGAAAGCGCUUUAUCGCAGAGCCCUCACCCUAAUGGAGAUGGUACGAGUGGAGCUUGAAAAGGCCGCACGACGCGAGUACUGGGAUGAUGAUCGGACACUGCAAUGGUGCAGCGCAAGCGAGACAGACCUAAGGGACGCCCUCAGCCUAGCGCCUGCUGAUAGAGCCAUACCAUUGGCACUCCAAGAACUCAGCAACCUACGCAUGCAGAUCGUAGAACUUCAGAAAGCUCAACGCGCGCGAUCCAAGGCACUCUUCGCGAAACUUGGAAGCCGAACGAUGAAACCAGACAGCAAUGCGCGAAAGAGCCAUACAUGUCCGUCGACGGAUUCAGGAACGAACGCUUCCACUCAACCAGUGACAAACGAGGAAUGCAUACAAGCUUCUCUUCCAGCAUUAGAACGCGUACGUAUCUACUAA